AUGGUUUUUAAACGAGCUAUUUAUAUUGUUGCCGCUCGUCGUACUCCAUUUGGUACUUUUGGUGGUAAAUUAAAAGAUUAUACAGCUAUACAAUUACAAGAAUUUGCUAAUCGAGCUGUUUUUAAACAAGCAAAAUUAUCACCUGAUGCUAUUGAUAGUACUAUCAUUGGUAAUGUUUCUCAAACAUCCACAUAUGCAAUUUUUUUAGCUCGUCAUGCUGCAUUACUUGCUGGCGUACCAAUUCAUGUUCCAGCAUUAACUGUUAAUCGUCUUUGUGGAUCAGGUUUUCAAUCGAUUAUAAAUAGUGGACAAGAAAUUGAAUUAGGUGAUUCAAAUAUUGUUUUAUGUGGUGGAACUGAAAGUAUGUCACAAGCACCAUAUGCAGUAAGAAAUGUUCGAUUUGGAAUAAAAUUAGGUAUGAAUUUAAAAUUAGAAGAUACAUUAUGGGAAGGUUUAACAGAUGGUCAUAUAAAAACAUCAAUGGCUAUGACAGCGGAAAAUUUAGCAAAAAAAUAUAAUAUAACUCGUCAAGAAGCUGAUGAAUAUGCUUUACAAUCACAAAAACGUUGGAAACAAGCAAAUGAACAAGAUGAAAUAUUUGAUAUAGAUGAACAUUCACGUCCACAAUCAACUAUUGAACAACUUUCAAAAUUACCAUCUUUAUUUAUAAAAGAUAUUGGUACUGUAACAGCUGGUAAUGCAAGUGGAAUUUGUGAUGGUGCUGCUGCAAUUAUUAUUUCAAAUGAAGAUGGAUUAAAAAAAUAUAAUCUUAAACCAUUAGCUCGUUUAGUUGCUUAUCAUAUAAGUGGUGUUGAACCAACUAUAAUGGGUAUUGGACCUGUACCAGCUAUUGAAAAUUUAUUAAAAAAAGUAAAUAAAAAAAUAUCUGAUAUUGAUUUAUAUGAUAUUAAUGAAGCAUUUGCAUCACAAUAUCUUGCUUGUAAAAAAGUAUUAAAAUUGUCAAAUGAAAAAAGUAAUGUUAAUGGUGGUGCGAUUGCACUUGGUCAUCCAUUAGGUGCAUCUGGUACAAGAAUAACAGCAAAUCUUGUUUAUGAAUUAAGACGAUGUCAAGGAAAGUAUGCUAUUGGUGCUGCAUGUAUUGGUGGUGGUCAAGGCAUUGCUUUAUUAAUUGAACGAGUUUAA